AUGUCAAUUUUUACACCUUCUUAAAAAUUAUCAGACUUAUUGAAACAUGAAGGUAGAUCAAAUUCAAUGCAUUCAUUUUAUAAUAACAGAUCUUCUUGUUACUCAACAAUAAAUUUGAAUAGUUCUGUGUUGAAUGGAUGGGAUUAGUAAAAUCAUUAACCAGUGUCAAUAUUGACAUCGAAUAGAAGUGAUAUAAAGUAACUAAAUGUAUCAGCAUCAAAACAGGUAUUUAUGGUAUAUAAAAUAAAAGGAUAUAACAAAUGAAAUAGUAUCAUGUAAACAUGAUAGAAGAUCAUCUACACAUCAAUUCGUUCAUUCAGGAAUGGAAGCCUAUCAAAAAUAUCAGAACUAGCCUAGAAGAGAUAUGAAGAUAUAUCCAAAUUUUAAAUAAGAAUUAUUACAUGAAGUAGUAAAGAUAGAAAAACCAUUUUAUAUUACUACUGUUGAAGAAGUAGAGAGGUAUUGGAAAGCAAAAGAGAUUAUGCUAUUAAGAUAAAAAAGUUAAUUAGAAUUCGAAAUUAAGUUAUAAGCAUAAAAAGCAAAUAAAAAGGCAGUCAUUUUAAAAGUGGAACCACUACAAGAAAUAUCAGACAUAGAAAUCUAAAUAUAAUAAUUAGAAAUAUAAUUAAAGUAUUUGUUCUAUUUAAAAUAGAAAUAAGAAUAGAAUUAUUAAUGAUUUAAAAGUUGAAAGUGAAGAAUUAGAUGUUAAAUAUGAAAAUAUGUUAGAUUAAGUUAAUGAUACAUAAUUUUUGAAAUAUGAAAAAUAGCUAAAGAAUAUUUAAUAAUCAUUUAAGGAUUUAAAUAGAAGAUUUCAUGAAACAGAAGAAUAAAUAACUAUGAAAGAAAAUGAGAUUGAAUCUAGAAAAAAAUAAAUGUAAAGAAAAUCUUCUAUAAUAAUGCCAUCGAAUCUUAGAAACUCUAUGAUUGAUUCUAAAUUUAAAUAGAGAUCCUCAUUUAAAAGAUAGAGUAUAAACUCUGGUACAAUGAGUCCUACUAGAGUUACUUUCUCAUAAAAAAGUUAGCCUUCAGAAGAAUUCAUUAAAUUAAAACAUUGA